ACGCGCCAUAAAAGUAGCGUCAGAGUCACAGUUUUCUACGUUCAUUUGUUGAUCCACAGUUUCUUCGGAGUCUCUAAACUCCAAAAAACAAACACAAAUCCAAACACCAAACACAACCGUCACUUACGCAAUCGAAACCAAAUUUUCCUGUUCCUUUCUCGAUGUUUCAAUUUAUCCCUCAAAUCACUCUUCCAUUUUCUCUUUCUUCCUCCCACUUUGUUUCUUGAUUCCAACUAUUCUUAUUUUCUUCCGUUUUCAUUUCGAACAACAAAAUUUGACAAUUCGAAUAGCCAUCGUGGACUUCUUUCCCUUCUUUCUGAUCUUUUAAAUUAGGUUUUCAAACGAGAUGGGUAGCCAUGAGAAGAAUGAAAACAAGGGCUUUUUCGCCGCCAUGACUUCUGGCUUCUCCAUCUUCAGCAAUGCUAUGCACCGAUCUGUAAACGGGUUGCUGGGGUAUGAAGGGGUAGAAGUCAUAAAUCCGGAGGGUGGUAAAGAGGAUGCAGAGGAGGAAGCCCAGAGAGGAAGAUGGAAACCUGAGGAAAGAGACGGUUACUGGAAGAUGAUGCACAAAUAUAUUGGCUCAGAUGUAACAUCAAUGGUAACGCUACCUGUUAUUAUUUUUGAACCAAUGACUAUGCUUCAGAAAAUGGCAGAGUUGAUGGAGUACUCCUACUUGUUAGAUCAGGCAGAUAAAUGUGAGGACCCAUACAUGAGGAUGGUGUAUGCAUCGUCAUGGGCUAUAUCUGUGUAUUUUGCAUACCAACGGACCUGGAAGCCUUUUAACCCUAUCCUUGGAGAGACUUACGAGAUGGCUAACCAUGGUGGAGUUUCAUUUCUUGCAGAACAGGUGAGUCACCAUCCCCCAAUGAGUGCUGGUCACGCUGAGAAUGAACAUUUUACAUAUGAUGUGUCUUCAAAGUUAAAGACUAAGUUUUUGGGAAAUUCUGUUGAUGUUUACCCCGUUGGAAGAACACGUGUAACCCUCAAAAAGGAUGGUGUAGUUAUCGAUUUGGUUCCCCCUCCAACCAAGGUUAAUAAUUUGAUAUUUGGACGAACAUGGAUUGAUUCACCUGGCGAGAUGAUAAUGACGAACUUGACAACAGGGGACAAAGUUGUACUCUACUUUCAACCAUGUGGAUGGUUUGGGGCUGGUCGCUAUGAAGUAGAUGGAUAUGUGUAUAACUCUGCCGAGGAGCCUAAAAUACUGAUGACUGGAAAGUGGAAUGAGUCAAUGAGUUAUCAACCUUGUGAUUUGGAAGGAGAGCCUCUUCCAGACACAGAAUUGAAAGAGGUUUGGCAUGUUGCUGAUGUACCAGCAAAUGAUAAAUUCGACUAUACAUACUUUGCGCAUAAAUUAAACAGCUUUGACACUGCUCCUAGAAAAUUGUUGCCAUCAGACUCCCGUUUACGUCCAGAUAGAUUUGCACUUGAAAUGGGUGAUCUAUCCAAAUCAGGGGCAGAAAAGAGCAGUUUGGAGGAGAGGCAACGCGCUGAAAAGAAAAUCCGAGAAGCCAAAGAGCAUAAAUUUGCACCAAGAUGGUUUGAUUUGACUGAAGAGGUGACUUCAACUCCAUGGGGUGAUUUGGAGAUCUACCAAUACAAUGGUAAAUACACUGAGCAUCGUACUGCUAUUGAUAACUCAGACAGCAUUGAUCAUGUUGAUAAUAAAGAUAUUGAAUUUAAUCCGUGGCAGUAUGGUGAUUUGUCCAAAGAAUGAGUAGAUUCUGUGUUUUUGGUUUUUUGGAUGCCACGGUUAGAUCAUGUAACUUUUUUUUUAUUGAUUUAUAAGUGAAAGAAUUUUGUUUA